AUUUUCUUGCAAAACAAAUCUGCCUUCCAAUACAGCAAUGCGAGCUGCUGGUGUGAUGCAGCCAUUGAUAAUCUGUGAGCAAAUUGUGCAGAGAGUAGCUGAAGAACUUAAGAUGGACCCAAAUGAGCUGAGAAAGGCAAACCUCUUGAGGACUGGCACCAAAACUCAUUAUGGCAAAGUUCUGGAAGACUGUACUUUGGAGCAAUGCUGGGAUGAGUGUCUUCUGCAGUCCAAGUUUUCCUCUCGGAAGGCAGAAGUUAACUCUUUCAACAAGCUUCAUGAUUGGAAGAAAAGAGGCAUUUCUAUGGUUCCAGUCAUGUUUGGACUAGCUUUUCCUGGCUCAAAUUUGAACCAGGCAGGGGCACUUGUCAUGAUAUACAAAGAUGGUUCAGUCCUGAUUUCCCAUGCUGGUGUUGAAAUUGGCCAAGGCAUUCAUGUCAAACUUGCGCAGAUUGCCAGCAGAGUUCUUGACAUUCCCUUGGAGUCCAUCCACACAGCUGACACUGCAACAGACAAAAUCCCAAAUGCAACAUCAACUGCUGCAUCUUUCACCACUGACCUUAAUGGACCUGCUAUAAAAAAAGCUUGUGAGAAGCUGGUGGAGAGACUGAGGCCAUACAAACAUGCAAACCCACAAGGAGGCUUCAAAGACUGGGUGCAAGCUGCCUACAUGGACAGAAUUCUCAGGACAGACAUUGUCAUGGACAUUGGAGAGUCCUUGAACCCAGCAGUGGACAUUGGACAAAUUGAGGGCGCAUUUGUGCAAGGCUACGGAAUGUGGAUGAUGGAGGAUUUAGAGUUUAGUCCUUCUGGAGAAUUGCGCACAGCUGGUCCAUCAAACUACAAAAUCCCCACUUCAAGGGAUGUGCCACAGGAAUUCAACGUGUCCCUUCUGAAGGGGUCAGCCAACAAGCAUGCAAUUUAUUCUUCCAAAGGAGUUGGAGAGCCUCCGAUGUUCUUGUCAGCAUCAGUCCUUUUCGCAGCAAGGGAAGCCAUAAACAGCAGACGAAAGCAAAAUGGCAUUGAUGAAUACCUCAGAUUAGACACACCGGCCACAGGGGAUAAACUCAGACUCGCUUGCGGUGACUGGCUCAUAAGAGAGGCCAAGAAAACCGGAAAAGUUUCUUGGAGGAUCAACAUUUAGUCUCCUCAUCAACUUCCGCGUGAGCUUGGAAUUUCAAGAACGACUUCCGGUUGCUGGAAACAUCUGCGAAUCAUCAGGGAAUAUAUACAAAUUCUGGGGAUUUAUUCAAGGUUUUCUUUCUUUCAUCCGAAUGAAUUUUAUCGUUAAUUCAUCUCCAUAAACCGUCGUCUGAAACAUUGAGCCAUACGAGUACAUUUCCGACAUACAUGGCGAAAUACAACGACCGAAUUUUUCUACGGG